UCUCGUCUGAGCGCUAGCCCUACGACCAUGGAGCCGGUGCCGGUGCCGCUGCAGGACUUCGCGAGCCACCUGGACCCCGCCUCCCUUCCGCGCGUGCUGCGGGUCUGCUCCGGCGUCUACUUUGAGGGUUCUGUCUAUGAGCUUUCUGGGAAUGAGUGCUGCCUCUCCACAGGGGACCUGGUCAAGGUCACCCAUGUUCACCUCCAGAAGGUGGUCUGUGAAAACUCAGAGACGGGUCAGGCCUUGGAGCUCAACCCCAACUUCUCAGGCCUCUUCAGUGCACUCAGCAGCCUGCAGAGCUACAGGACCCUGGAGGAGCUCACCUCUGCCGUGCCCCCGAGCGCCACACAGUGGCCCAUUCACUUCAAGUCAACUGAAAGAAUUGUCACGGAGGCCGGGGUGGUGCCUGUGGACCAACCCCUCAGGCUUGAGGCUGUGGAAGUACACCAUGGGACCCGCUAUGCACGCUGUGUCCAGGACUCAAAGACCCAGGAGGUCGUCCUCUAUCUGCCCCUUUCCCAGACGGGACCCUUCCGCAGAUGCAAGCCUGGUGCCCCACAAACCCUGCUCCAAGUCCUGCAGGACCCAGCUAUGAAGGACCUCCUGUUUACCUGCCCCAGCCUACCCUGGCGCUCUGUGGUCCUGAGGCCCCAGUAUGUGUUGCAAGCCGUGAUGCACAUGCGCCGCACCAUCGUCAAGAUCCCAUCCACCCUGGAGGUGGAGGUGGAGGAUGUCACCGCCUCCUCCCAGAACAUCCACUUCAUCAAGCCGCUGCUGCUAAGCGAGGUCCUGGCCCAGGGAGGCCCCUAUCCUAUGUCCACAGAGAUCCUGGAGGUUCCUGAGGGCCCACCCAUCUUCCUCAGUCCGUGGGUGGGCUCCCUACGCAAAGGCCAGAGGCUCUGCAUCUAUGGGCCAGCCUCACCAGCCUGGCAGGUUGUGGCCUCAAGCAAGAGCCGAAAGGUUCCCAGAUACUUUAUUCUCUCCGGGGCCUACCAGGGCAAGCUGAGGCGGAGGCCAAGGGAAUUCCCCACGGCCUAUGACAUUUUGGGGGCUCUCCAGCCAGGCCGACCCCUCCGGGUGGUGGCCACAAAAGACUGUGAUGGGAACGAAGAGGAGAAUCCUGAAUUUUCUUUCCUGGCUGUGGGCGAUCGGCUGGAGGUGCUGAGGCAAGGCCAGGUCUGUGGGACCCAGGGCCAGGACAUAGAUGUCUUGAUAUGCCAGCGACUGAGUGAGGAAGUCGGGGAGGAAGAGGAGGACUUGGAGGAAGAGGAGGAGGUCGAGGACAAAGAACAGAUUCUGCUGCCCCUCUACCUCUCUGGUGGCUUCGUGGAGGAGGUGAAUGAUGGGCGGCGCUACAGCCUAGCAGAUCUCACCGCCCAGUUCUCCUUGCCCUGUGAGGUCAAGGUGGUGGCCAAGGACUCCCGGCACCCCACUGACCCUCUGGUCUCCUUCCCGGGUCUGCGGCUGGAGGAGAAGCUCACAGAACCCUAUUUGGUGGUAGGCCUGGACUCCCAGCCAGAAAUGUGCUUUGAAAUCCCUCCCCGGUGGCUGGACCUGACCGUGGCAGAGGUUGCGGGGCAGCCAGGCCAGGUGGCUAGGCCACUCUCUGUCACUAGGGUGGAGGAACUAUCAGAAGCCUUCUACUACAAUCUCCGGAAGCUGCCAGCCUCGAAGAGCCAAGCUCCCCCGCCCAGGCCCCCAAAGAGCAAGGGUAUAAGCGAGCGGAAGCAGAGCGUACAGAGCUGCCAGGAGAUCGGCGUGAAGGUACGCCAGGAGGAUGACGACGUGACGUCUCAAGUUAUAGGACGACGGCAAUCCUACCCACAGUCUGAACCCAAGGCGAAGACCUUGGAAGACCUCCCCAAGGACCAGUCAAAUCUGUACAGCAAGAUUCCUAUCCACAAGAAAGACCUUAAGUCCAAAACUCAAACAAAGAAUUCAGCACUGGGCAUGAAACCCAAAUCCCAGAGCAUGCUUGGCAAAUAUCCUACCAUGUCACCUCCCCUGCCUGACCCAGAUAUGGAUGACCACGACUAUGAAGAAAUUUGAACCCUUUCAGAAAGUCAUCGAAGUGCUGGGGCAGCCACACUUCCCAGCCGCUGCUGCACAGGAAGCUGAGAUAACAGCUAACUCUUGGGAGACCCGGGGCAGUCUUCAGGGACUCAAACUCAGAUGGGCAUGGAUUUGAAAUGGGACAGAAACUAUUCCCACCUUGCUGUGGAAUAAUCCUUCUGUACACCCUAAAUAUGCAUUGCUCUCAUUGAUUAAUAAAACGCUGAUUAGCCAGUA